AUGGCAGCACCCCAACGCUCCCUGAGACAAGAUAUCGAACUUCUGCGCCAGAGGCUCGAUGGUCUAGAGCCUGGUGUGCCGGUCACGUUCAACAAGCUCAGAGACCAGAUCCAGACUCUUGAACAGAAAACUCACGCCUAUGCACAGCGAAUCCAUGCACUCGAAGAGCAAUCUCAAGCACUCAGAGAGCAGAACCGCGUGCUUCAAGAACGAAUUCGCACCAUAGAAGAAGAAAACAGACCUUUCGAAACUCUGGAAGCGGAUUCUGAUUCAUCUUCAGAGGUGCUUUUUACGAACACUAUCUGGAUCGAUGAAAGCACACUAGAAGAUGUUACUCCUGCUUUUGGAGAUGCUGCUUCAGAACAUAACUCAGAGAUCGGUUCUCCCGAAGACAUCCCUUCCCCAAUCAACCAGCAAGCCUCAGCCUCUUCCACCACUAUCAGAAAUGACGACGAGGAGUUCGUUGUUUGGUUCGAGAACGGCACUCUGAGGACCAAUGCCCCUGAACACCUUCUCACCACACAAGAUUGGCGCGACCUCCUCGCGGCCUUCGCCAAACCCCAAACCUUCCUUACUGACAAGAACGCUGAUUGGCACUCCAUCACCAGAACUGAUGUAUGUGUCAGAGACGUUAUUCAGAAGAGCAAAGGCCAGAAGUCUAUGCAGUGGACUAUGGCUUCGCCAGGCAAAUUCUGUUGCAAAAGAUGCUUGAACACGCAGAGAGUGUGUUUGAAGUACAACGAGGAGGGUGGAAGGUUGGAAGCCUUGCCAUUGCCUGAAGCAGUCAGGCCUGAGGAUGCUCCAUUUGGUGUCAGAUGGUUUGUUGCUGAGCAGCCUAACAUGAGUAACAAGGCAGGAUUCAAGGGAUUGUGGAGGGCAGCAUAA